AUGUCAACCGCAUCAAAAAUCACCCUUGGUGCAUCAAUAGCAUUUGCCGCCGGUGCAUUUGUAUUCAUCAACUACUCGCAACAAUCGGAACGAGCAGCAUUACGCCAGGGCCCAAUAAAGGAUGCUGAACGACAACGAGCUAAAAAGACGCAAAAACAACAAGCCAACGAGUUAGAGCAUCGUGAACAAGAAGAAAUGAAACGGAAAUUCGCCGCUUUGCAACCUUUAAGUGGUGAGAUUAUUCGUGGUGAAGAAGAAUAA